UAAAGGUAGAAGAGUCCAGGGUGGUACUAUUGAAGUCCAAACUUGAAAAGGGAACAGAUUUCAAAGCACUGAUUUUACAUGAUCACGUGUGUCUCCCAGCCAGCAAACCAUCGCAAUCCCUCAAAUUAUGGUUACCCUUUGGCUACGUGAAACAUAUUCAACUAUAAAAGGCCCCCAUUAGCUCCAACACAUUUCCCCACAUUACAUGAAACCACCACCUUGCUUUUGAAAUUCUCACCACCACCUAUUCCACCUUGGUAAUACUUACUCUUUCACUUACCAACCAACCACCAUGGUUUCUGAGACACUCCAAAGCCAAACCAAGAACGUGUGCGUGAUUGGAGCAGGACCAUCAGGGCUAGUGGCAGCAAGAGAGUUGAGAAAAGAGGGUCACAGGGUGGUUUUGUUGGAGCAGAAUCAUGAUGUUGGAGGACAGUGGCUAUAUGAAUCAAAUGUGGAAGGAGAGGACCCUUUAGGGAAAAAGCCUUUUCUAAAGGUUCAUAGCAGCAUCUAUGAAUCUUUGAGGCUCACAUCUCCACGUGAGAUCAUGGGGUUCACUGAUUUCCCUUUUUUGGUCAAGAAGGGUAGAGACAUGAGGAGGUUCCCUAGCCACACAGAGCUGCUUAUGUACUUAAGGGACUUUUGUGAACAUUUUGGCUUGGGAGAGAUGAUAAGGUUCAACACAAGGGUGGAUUAUGUGGGAAUGUUGGAUUAUGGUGUCUGUAGUAAUGAUUUGAAGUGGGUUGUUAGAAGUGAAGAUAAGAAGAGUGAAAAGACGGUGGAAGAGGUGUUUGAUGCAGUUGUUGUUGCCACUGGUCAUUACUCUCAACCAAGAUUGCCCUCCAUUCAAGGAAUGGAUACAUGGAAAAGGAAACAAAUGCACAGUCACAUUUACAGGACCCCAGAACCAUUCCGCAAUGAGAUUGUAGUGGUGGUUGGAAAUUCCUUGAGCGGGCAAGACAUAUCAAUAGAGCUUGUGGAUGUAGCAAAGGAAGUCCAUAUGAGUUCCAGAUCUCUUAACAUCUCUGAGGGUUUGUCUAAAGUCAUAUCCAAACAUGCCAACUUUCAUCUUCAUCCACAGAUAGAGACCCUUCAAGAGGAUGGACGGGUAACAUUCGUGGAUGGUUCUUCCAUUUUGGCAGACUCCAUUUUGUACUGUACAGGGUACUCCUAUGCAUUCCCCUUUCUUGACACCAAAGAAAUGGUGGUUGUAGAUGAUGACAGAGUGGGGCCAUUGUAUGAGCACACUUUUCCCCCAUCACUUGCUCCAUCCCUUUCUUUUAUAGGCAUCCCUAGAAAGAUCAUAGGGUUCCCUUUCUUUGAGUCACAAGCAAUAUGGAUAGCUCAACUGCUUUCCGGGAAAAAAGUAUUGCCAUCAUGGGAGGAAAUGAUGAAAUCCAUCAAGGAAUUCUACCAAUCAAGAGAAGCAGCAGGCAUUCCCAAGCACUGUACUCAUGAAAUUGCAAACUUUGGGUACUGUGACAAAUACGGGGAUAAUGUGGGGUUCCCACGUAUAGAAGAAUGGAGGAAACAGCUAUGCCUAUCAGCCUUAAUUAACUCUGAUGCCAACUUGGAGACAUAUCGAGAUUCAUGGGACGAUCAUGAGCUGCUCCAAGAGGCCCUCCAGAGCCCACACUUCACUCAACUUGGACUUGAAGAUUCUCCCAUGUAAACCCAAAAAUAAAAAUAAAAAAAUUAUGAAAAUAUAAAACAAAGGAAAUUUUGGUUAGCUCUAAAAUCAUUUGUUUAUGUAAUUUGUGUUUUUAAAAUAUUGGAAAAAGGGGAUUGAUUGAGAAGAAUAUUGGGUUUGAUAUAAAGAAGAAUAUGUUUGUGGAGCUGAAAUUUUGUUUGUAUCUUUGUUUAAAGUUAGUAUUAUUUGUUUUAUAACAAUGUUAAGACUUAAGGGGCACUCCACAUAACAGAGUUAGUUAA